AUGGAUACAGGCCGGUCUUUAUCAUCUCUCAUAAUUAAUUCUUCUUCCGAUAAAAAGCCGACCUCGAAUGAAAAGGAAAUCGGCUCGAAAAUGUCUAAGGCAGACUUGAGAAAGGAUGAGGACUAUUCACUAGUUGAUUUGCCUACACAAGAAAUACUUGUCGAGUUCUCUCCGGACUCAAAAUCGAACCCAAACCAUUGGUCUCUUAAUAAGAAGAUUUACAACGGUGUUAUCGGACUGAUUGUUGUGCUCAAUAGCGGCAUAUCAUCAUCCCUACCUAGCAAUGCAGUCCCCACUAUCAUGCAGGACUUCAACCUGUCAGACGACGGCCAAAAGGUCCUACCAACAGCAAUCUUCCUGAUUGGAUACUGCAUCGGACCACUUGUCUUCAGCCCACUUAGCGAGACUAUUGGGCGUAGACCGGUUAUCUUUUGGACUUUUACUGUUUUCUGUCUCGGAACACUGGGUUGCGCCUUGGCACCUAAUUGGACAUCGCUUUUGAUAUUUCGAGUGAUCUGUGGCACGAUGGCUGCUGCACCUCAGACUGUCGUUGGAGGUGUUUAUGCCGAUAUGUUCUCAGACCUGCGAACUCGAGGUCGGGCGAUGGCGAUGUAUAUGUCGGCCACAAGCUUCGGUCCUAUAAUUGGUCCUAUCAUCUCAGGAUGCUCCGUUAGGUAUGGCUGGCGCUGGACCUUUCGCAUUGACUUGAUCCUGAGUGGGGUCACUUGGAUAGGACUUCUCUUCUUCUCCGAAACUUUUUCUCCUGUGUUGUUGAGAAAAAAAGCCAAGACCUUGAGAAAAGCGACCGAGUCCGACCGGUAUCUCGCUCCACAGGAGCUCAAGUCCGACGGCGCUUUCACUCUUAUCCAAACCAUCACACGGCCUCUCACCAUGCUUAUUUUUGAGCCUAUCAUCCUAUUCACUGCUAUUUUCAUCUCCCUUGCCUGGAGCAUGGUGUUUUUCUACUUCCAGGCAUAUCCCAUCAUCUUCGAGAGUAUGUCCUACCACAGCACCCUUUUUCUCGAGCAAUACUUACUCCGCAAAGACACCUACCACUUCGACGUCGCAAUGACAUCCCUUACAUACAUUCCGAUGGGUAUCGGUGCCGCAUCCUCCUGCAUUUUUGCUCUCUACUACGACGCCCUCUACGAUAAGGCUAAAAAGCUUGGAAAGCGCUGGGCAUCCAGCCCCGAGUAUCAUCGACUACCAUUGUCGUGUGUCGCAGGUCCAUGCCUAACCAUCAGUCUCUUCUGGCUGGCUUGGUCGGCAAAGCAAUCCAUUCACUGGAUCGUACCCGUGCUCUCGGGCUUGAUCUUCGGAAUGGGUUACCAGACCAUCUUCAUCUCUCUACUCACCUACGUCACUGACGCAUACCGCAUCUACUCCGCCAGUGCGUUAGCCUCAUCAGUCAUUAUGCGGAGUGUCGCAGGAGCUUUAUUCCCGCUUGCCGCCGAUCCUCUUUAUGCAAAGCUUGGGGUCUCGUGGGGAACAUCCGUUCUUGGGUUUGCUAGCUUAGUCUGCAUUCCUAUCCCAUUUGCACUACUCUAUUUCGGUCCUUGGAUUCGGAAGACAAGCCCCUUCUGCCAACGACUGCUGGAGGAAGAUCUGAUGAAGUCCUCCAGUGGGACCAGAACACCCGAGGAGGUGUAA